AUGGUAAUCCGACCGGUUCCAUUGGUGACGAGACUGCUCCUCACCGCAGUCUACCCCGUGCUGCUUUCAUCUCUGGCCACAGCUCAGACCUGCUACCACCUUGACGGUUCCACGGCCGAUGGUUCGCAGAAUGGGCCAUGUAACUUCAAUGCCACCGGCGAGACGGGGUCGCACACCUCAUGUUGCAGCUUCAAGAACGGAGACGCUCGCUUGGUUUCGAGACUGUGUCUCGAUACUGCUUCCGUGCAGUCGUCGCAUCUCCUGUGGUCGUCCGGCUGUACCAACUCAACGUUCCAGGACGCUGCGUGCCCUAAACUCUGUACAGGUGGUCGCUUCAAAAACGCCUACCUCCAGCCUUGCAACGACACAGCCUUCUGCUGCAACGAGCUCGACGACGAUGGUACAUCCGGCCGUGUCAACGACACCCAAUGCUUCUCUGCGGCUUUCACUCUCGGCAAGCAGCAAAUAGGCACCGUGAUCCGACAUCUGAGGCCGACCGCGACGGCAUCGUCUUCGACUUCCGGCAAAGUAGUUCCUACUAGCAGUGCAAGCAAUGGCAGCCCCCCAGCCAACGAGAUCUGCCAGCCUGGCGCAUCCUACACGCCUAGUAGCGGCGUCAUCGCCGGCCUGACUGUGGAGGGUGCGGUGCUGCUGUCACGCUCGCGGUCCUUGCGUUCGCUUUCGCCAAGAACAGGAAGUUGCGCAGAGAGAUGUACCUGGCAACAGCAGACUCCUUCAUCUGCUUACCCGCAAACAUCAAGGAGCUAUGGAGAACCAAUCGUUAUGCACCAGCAGCAAUUCUUGUACCGCCCGAAGCCGGUGGAGAUGGGGUCAGACAUCGCAGCACAGGAGCUUGAGACCGCGCCUAGGCCAGCUUAG